AUGUCUUUUACUUCGGUUGAAGGAAAAGUUGCAUUCGUAUCUGGCGCAGCUUCCGGAAUUGGAAGAGCUGUAGUAGCUCGGUUAGUUAAAGAAGGUGCAAAAGUCACUAUCGCUGAUGUUCAAGAUGAUCUCGGAAAAAAGUUUGCAGAAGAACUUAAUUCUGGGAAAACGGAUCAAGUCGCUAUUUAUGAACAUGUCGAUGUAUCUAAUUGGAAUGAAUAUUUGGCUGCGUUCAAGAAAACUAUACAAACUUUCGGUCAUAUUGAUAUUGUUGUAAACAAUGCUGGUUUAUUCACAGAAGGAAAUUGCAUGUUUGAUGACUCUGAAGAACCCCCACAUGCAUUAAAACUGAUCGACGUAAAUUUAAAAGGUGUACUUAACGGAACAAAACUUGGAAUUAAAUUUUUAAAGCAGAAUGGAAAAGACGGCGGAGUAAUUGUUAAUACUUCAUCAAUUAGUGGCCUCUAUACUUCUCCCUUUGUUCCAUACUAUACCGCAACCAAAUUUGGUGUAAUCGGUUUAUCAAUUUCCAUUGCAGAAACUUCAGCUGUGCAAAAUAUUCGCGUUAAUGUCGUUGCUCCGGGAGCAGUAAAUACUCCUCUGAUGAAAGAUAUAGCUCAUACAAUCCCUGAUGAUCAGUGGGUAGAUCUAAAUGAAGUAGUUGAUGGAUUCUUUAAAUUUUUUACCAAUCCAUCUUAUAAUGGCGAAAUUAUCACUAUAUUAAAUGGUUCAUCUAGUUUUGUUGAUAAAUCAAAAUUUGCCUUACCUAACCCUUUAAUGAAUGAUUUCGAAUUAUCGAAAUUUGGCGAAGUAAUUGGAAAUAAAUAA